AUGAGUCUCACCGGUGCCUCCCACACCACGGUCUCUGCCCAUCUGGCCGGCCUCCGCCAUUGGCACAUCGCCAAGGGGCAGCCGUGGCACGGCAGGACGGAGCGCAUCCGCCUGGCUCUGCGCGCCGUGGCCAAGUCUCCCCGCCCCCCACGACCCUCCCGUCUCCCCAUCACCGUCCCCCUUCUGCUACGGCUUCGUCGUCGCCUUCGGCGAGAACCGCUGCCAGCCACCGACCGCCGGGCUGCCUGGGCGGCCGUCACCUUGGGUUUUUUCGGCGCUCUCCGGGGCAGCGAGUACCUUGCCCCGGGGACGGCGCGCUACUCCCGCCGCCGCACCUGCCUCAGACAACAUGUGACCCUGAAGACUGACUCCCUCACCCUGCACCUGCCGGCGUCAAAAACCGAUCAGACCGGUCGCGGAGCCGACAUCACGUUGCCGCGCCUGGAGGGCCCCGCCUGUCCCCUCCGUGCCAUGCGUGCCUACCUCGCCUCGACCUCGCAUCUCCCUGGCCACGUGCCGCUCUUUGUCCUGGAAUCAGGCUCCUAUGCCACCAUCCCCUGGCUGAACGGUGUCUUCCGGCGCUACCUGCCGUCGCCCGCUGGGAGAUUCUCCACUCACAGCCUCCGCAUCGGUUUCGCCACUGCCGCCGCCGCCGCGGGGGCCACCGACAACACCAUCAGGGCGUCGGGCCGCUGGCAGGGCUCGUCGCAUGUGCGAUACAUCCAGGGCCCGCGCCGCGACGUCUGGCGUGCCUGCCUCGCUGUGAAUGCGACCUCCGGACGAUAG